CCAGAAGUGUGGACGGGUCUUCCCGCGCCGAGGCGGAAGUUGUGCCGCGUUGUCAACGUGCUCUCGGCUUUCUCUGGCGUUCUCCAACAUGGUGCGGAAGCUUAAGUUCCACGAGCAGAAGCUGCUGAAGCAGGUGGACUUCCUAAACUGGGAGGUCACCGACCACAACCUUCACGAGCUGCGCGUGCUGCGGCGGUACGGGCUCCAGCGGCGCGAGGAGUACACGCGCUACAACCAGCUGAGCCGCGCCGUGCGCGAGCUGGCGCGGCGCCUGCGCGACCUCCCCGAACGCGACCCGUUUCGCGUGCGCGCCUCGGCGGCGCUGUUGGACAAGCUGUACGCUCUCGGCCUGGUGCCCACGCGUGGCUCGCUGGAACUCUGCGACUUCGUCUCAGCCUCGUCCUUCUGCCGCCGCCGCCUGCCUACUUUGCUCCUCAAGCUACGCAUGGCGCAGCACCUCCAGGCUGCUGUGGCCUUUGUGGAGCAGGGUCACGUCCGCGUGGGCCCAGACGUGGUCACCGAUCCCGCCUUUCUCGUCACUCGCAGCAUGGAGGACUUUGUCACUUGGGUGGACUCGUCCAAGAUCAAGCGGCACGUGCUGGAGUACAAUGAGGAGCGCGAUGACUUUGAUCUGGAUGCCUAACGAGUCUUCUCCCCGUGGCUUCUCAACUACAGGUCACUGAGCCGGGGAUGGGGAGAAUCGCUCCUUUGUUCCGGAAAAUUUUUGUUAGAAUUUGGACUGAUAGUUAAAUGACUGUCUUGGGAGUCAGUCGGAAGCAGUUUUGUUGGACUGCACUGGGGAUUGUUAGCUUCUUGCGCCUUAAACUUUAUGGUGUAGAAGCAGGGACGUUACCUCUUGCCUCCUUUGCUCUUGUCAUCUUGAAAGAGGACUGUACAGAUGGAGACUUUGGGUUAGGUUUUUGUUUUAUAUAUAAAACGGUGCGACUUGAAUGUUAAAGUGUUCACUCCCCGUUUAAAGAAAUCUUUUCCUUAUGGAAAUAAAUGUCCCCACCACCUUGUUAA